UCAUUCACCAUCACCCAACACAAGUCAUAACAUUUCGUGGUUAUUCGAAGUGCUGUGCAGGUGUUUUGUAUUGUUUUGAAUUAAAUUACAAUUUUAAUUGUGUUUUAGACAAAAAGGAGUUGUAUUUAUUUAGUAACAACAUGCCUAUAUAUAUAUGAAUAAUAAAAUAAGUAUAUUACAGUGUGCAUUUUGACGGAAUUAUACGAAUGGUGCAAUUUUAAGUAAGAAAAUCUAGUAUUUUUUAUUUCUAUCACAAAACUUACAUAAUACAUAUAUUUUUAUCUUAAUUUUGCUACAUAUAUACUACAUAAUACUGAGUUAAUCUUAGCUACAUGAUUGUUCUAAUACGAAUGUCAUAACUUGUACAAAGAUCAAAGUACAGUUUGGCCUGUAUCUGUAAAGAAUACGCUGAUAGUAGUUAAAUUAAACAGAAAUGACUGUGAAAAGUAAAAUACUCAAAACCUUAAUACUGGGUGCACCGGCAUCUGGAAAAGGCACUAUAUCAUCAAGAAUAGUAAAGAAAUAUGCUGUCGAACAUGUUUCAAGUGGGGACAAACUUCGAGAUCACAUUGAAAAACAAACAGAACUGGGAAAAGUGGUAAAAAAAUAUUUAAACGAAGGAAAAUUGGUUCCCGAUGAUGUUAUGAUAAAGUUUAUGCUGACUGAAUUAAAUAAAGUGGGAACUCAUCCAUGGUUACUUGAUGGUUUCCCAAGGACUGUCAGUCAAGCUGAAGCCUUAUGGAAGGUGCAGCCAGUGGAUAUUGUAUUAAAUUUAGUAGUGCCUUUUGAGGUUAUCAUUGAUAGAGUCAAAAACAGAUGGGUCCAUUUACCAUCUGGAAGGGUGUAUAAUAUUGGUUUUAAUACACCAAAAGUUGCUGGAAAAGAUGAUGAUACUGGAGAAGUAUUAGUUCAGAGGCCUGAUGAUAAGCCUGAGGCUGUACAGAAACGACUAGAGAUAUAUGAGAGCAUCACUAGGCCGGUCAUAGAAUUUUAUAGAAAGAAAGGUAUACUUAAGGAAUUUGAAGGGCGCACAUCAGAUGAAAUAUGGCCUCAAGUGACUGAAUAUCUAGACCCUUUAAUAAGUAAAUAAUUUUUAAAUAUAAGUGAAAACUGGUGCUAAGAAGUCACAAGAAAAUGGUUUGGAAAACUUUACUUAGAUAUAAAUAGCAGAUUAUAUGUAGCUUGUAGUAAGAGAGAAAUAUUUUGAUAUAAUUGAUAUUGUUUUUGUUGAUACUGAAUGUAGUUCUAUUUCCAAAUAAAACAAAAUAGUGUAAUUUUUGUUGUUUGUUUGUUGUUUAAAUCAGUUAUUGUUUUUGUAACUAAAUAGUUUCUAAUAUUAAGAACAAAUAUCUUUUUUUGUAAAAUAUUCAAAACAUUUGAUACAUUUUAAAUUAACUUUAAAUUAUUUAAAUUAAAUUUAUGUAAUUUUAAGAUGUAUCAAAUUGUAAUGUAUUAUAUUUCUUAAAACUUAUAUAAUUUUGUAAUGUAUUGAAUUAGCUCAAUAUGGUCUUCCAUGAACCAACCCACUUACAUACACUGCAUGCAUAGUUAAACUGUAGGAAAUUAAUGCCUUUUUGGGCGAUAAAUUAUUGGUAGAUAAACAUUGAAAAAUAGUUCCAUUAUCCUUCAAUAUGCUCAAAAUUAAGUAGGCUUUAUCAUUUAUACUGUAACAUAUAUGUAACUUGUUAUUGCAGAUUAUUUUAUUUUAAUAUACAAGUAGUAAUUUUGUGUUGAAUUUUGUGUUGAAAGUAUAUUAAUGUUGUUAUUUUAAUUAAUAAAAAGUAUAUUGCAGU